AUGCUUCCGAAGUGCCCCAUAUGCGAUGUACAAUUAUCCAACCAGCGCACUGGGGAGCGCGCAAUUAUCCUCGAAGACUGCUGUCAUGUCGUAUGCCGCAAAUGCUUUCGAUCUAUACUUCGGAGCGCCCAGCCACGAUGCCCCUUCCGCUGCGGCGAGGACCAACCGGACCUCACGACCCACGAUGGACGCAUCCUAGACUUUUCUCUGCAGCCAGCCAACGAGGCUCACGAUAAGCCUGCUGCCGUCAAGAAGAGAAAAGCGGAGCUCGUCAACGCCCAGGAGGGCUCACGUAAAAAGCUGAAGCGGAUGAGGGGAGAGAUAUCCGCUUUGAGUCGUUUGAUCAAAAACCAAGAGGUAGUCAUCGCCAGCAGGAGCGCGCACUUCGCGAGCCUAUCUUCAAACGCGGACAGGUCGCGCGACGAAGUCUUGAAGAAACAGAAGCAGCUAUACCAAGCGCAGAACCGAUUGGCUACAUUGGAGGAGCGCAGCCACACUGGAACUAUGUCGGGCGUUGAUACCAGGACUUCCAUCGUCAGUCGCAUGGCUAGACGAGGAUCUCGAGCAUUUCUGGAGUCUUCGCUUCGAGGGAGCAGCUCCAUGCCGGACGCCCAACGCGCGCUGCUCUCUCCGGGCAAGGACGGCGAUCUUCCUGACGAGCAAAGCUGA